CAUCCCCAAAGCAGACUUCAAACCAGUUCAAGAGAGACCUGGUCAACGGUGUUGUAAGAGUAAAGUUGUCAGAGAUGGGAAAUACAGGUGGGAAGAAAAAAGAAAAUCAGUUGGCAGAGAAAGGUCUAACACAUAGACAAGAUGAGACAACACAGUUGGAAGAAAGACAAGAUGAGACAACAAAGUUGGAAGAAAGACAAGGUGAGACAACACAGUUGGAAGAAAAAAAAACUGAAGCUGGUUUUAUACCAGGACAUCAUGAAGCCGAGAUCUGCUAUGGAGGUGAAGCUGACUUACACAAGCACUAUACCGGCUGUAAGAAGAAUCCAGGGCAUGUCAACUUUAUACCUGUUAAUGAUUUUAACUUGGAUCAUCUCCCCUCACGUUACCGUGACGUCUUCAUGUUGGAGCUAAUCAAAGCUUUGUCUGCCCUAACGUUCCUGAUAAAGGUCAAGUACACCAGUCUAGAGAGACCAAAGUCCGUUCCAUGCUUCAGUGGUCAGUAUCCAUUUUAUAACACCAGAGGAAGUGACGUGUUGAGGACAGGGACGGGGAGGGUGUGUGGUGUGGUCAAGUACACAGAGAGUUACAACAAGGGCACUUGUCCAUGUGGCAAGUGUCAACACUCGGACACACCCAGCAAAGUGUGGGGGGAAGUUCGUGUGAGGACAGCCACACACGUGGUGUUUGAUGUCAGUGAGGUGAGACAGACCAGGUGUGUUGUAGGUUUUGAUGACAAUAAAAGUCCUGGGGUCAGUCUCGAUGGCUGGAGGGUGGUGGUGGCAGACAUUGAGGGAGAUGGGUCUGGGCUGCUGUCUCCAGAUUACAAGUCUCCCCUAGCUGGGCUGCUGUCUCCAGAUUACAAUUCUCGUCUUGCUGGGGUUCUAUACGUGUGCUGUGCUGGCCAAACCACAUGA